AUAAAUUUCAUGUGAAAGUAGGAUUGCACCAAGGCUCUGUGCUUAGUCCGUAUUUAUUCUCAUUAGUUUUGGACCAGAUAACAGCGAAACUACAGGGUAACAUUCCAUGGUGCUUAAUGUAUGCUGAUGAUGUCGUGUUAGUAGGAAAUAGUGAAAGAGACUUAGAACAAAAACUGGAACAGUGGAGACAAGCUCUGGAGGAAAAAGGUUUAAAACUUAGUAGGACAAAAACAGAGUAUUUGGAAUGUUCAUUUAAAGAUGGAGCUACUACAAAUAAAAUGGUAUCUUUAGAUGGUGAAAUGAUUGUGAAAAGCAAUAGUUUUAAGUACCUAGGAUCGGUAUUACAGAGUAAUGGAGAAAUAGAUGGAGAUGCAUGCAGUAGAAUUAGGGCUGGAUGGAUGAAGUGGAAAGAAGCGAGUGGUGUGUUGUGUGACAGAAAAAUUCCAAUGAAGCUGAAGGGAAAAUUCUAUAAAACAGCCAUAAGACCGGCUAUGAUGUACGGAACUGAAUGUUGGGCAGUGAAAAAGAAAGAGGAACAACGAAUGCAUGUGGCGGAAAUGAGAAUGCUUAGAUGGAUGAGUGGAGUGACAAAGAAGGAUAAAAUUAGAAAUGAGUAUAUUAGGGGAAGUCUAGGUGUGGCACCAAUUGAUGCCAAAAUGAGAGAGCAUAGGUUAAGAUGGUUCGGUCAUGUUCAACGUCGAGACGUUAAUCACCCAAUACGAAGAAUAGCUGAAGUGCAGAUUCCUGGAAGGAGUAGGAGAGGAAGACCAAAGAAGACCUGGGGGGAGGCGAUAAGGCAGGACAUGUUGGUAAAGGGGAUUAACAUUGAUAUGACCCAAGACAGAAUUGUGUGGAGAAAUGCAAUUAGGGAAGCCGACCCCGCAUAGGGAUAAGGCAAAGAG